GUUUGAGGUUAUUAAGGUUUUGAGUGAGUUUUGCCUUAAAGAUUAAUAAAGAGAGAGUUAGUCUUAUACCUUGUUCGCAUACACACAGAGUAAUCACAUAUAUAGUUUCAACAGAAUUGUGGACGUGAGCUUGUUUGCUUAAUGAUCUUGAAUUAAAACAACAAUCACUACGCGGAUGAGUCCAGGUCGUUAAAAAAAGUGUUGACUAUCAGGGGUAUAACAGUAAAAACAUAUGAAAAUUGGCGGUGAAGUAAGCAAACCAUACGUUAGCUUUUGAGUUUUGACAACAUCAAACCUGAAGAAUGUCUGAGUUUUAUUUUUUACGUAUACCAGAAAUUUCGAUCUCAUUUUCCUUAACGUUCAGACAUUUAUCUUGACGAAGACACGAACCAUCACUUCAGAUUCUUUGUCGGCUCAUUGAAAGUCAGAACCUUAUCCCAUUUUUCUAAGUUUCCUAUAUAUAUCUUAUGUGAUAAGGCUAUAAAUUAAAUAAAUAUUAUCGAUAGAUCAUAUCUUGUUUCUGCAAAAUACUCUGUUCUUUAUAUAGACUGCAGUGAGAUAACGUUACAGAUUUCGAUCAAAGAAACGGUGAACAGUUGGCUCUUUAACAUUGAAUCAGUGGAGACUAGCAAGAGAGAUACGGUGAUGGAUGAUAAGAUCUAUGUAGCGGUGACAGGGAGAGACCUGCAAAACAAGUCUAGUCUCGUUUGGGCGAUACAGAACAGUGGAGGCAGAAAGUUUUGCAUCGUCUAUGUCCAGAAACUGCGGCUUUGUAGAAAAGAGAAGGAGAGAGCACAUAAGAGUUUAGACAAGUACCUUAAUAUAUGCAGGCAAAUGCAGGUCAGUGCAGAGAAGAUAUGCAUUGAAAUGGAUUCAGUAGAGGAAGGGAUCCUUCACUUGAUUUCUAACCGCGGCGUUAAGAAACUUGUCAUGGGAGCAGCAGCUGAUAGACACUAUUCAAUGAGAAUGAAAUACUUGCAGUCCAAGAAAGCUAUCUACAUUCACAGAGAAGCCCCUGCUACUUGUCAUAUAUGGUUUACAUGCAAGGGUUACUUAAUAUGUUCAAGGGAAGGUAGGAGAAGAGAUGAAUUGUAUUUAGAAUGUGCAUCUUCAAAUUCUUUGAGCCAAUCUGAGACAACUAAAGGAACUGAAAGUGUUCCAAACUCGAGUAUGGCCAAACAUGAUGAUCAGAUUCAAGUAUAUGAUGCAAUCAAAAAGUCAGAAAAUGUGUAUAUCAAUGAGUUGAAGCCUAGGAAAGAAACAGAGAAAGCACUCAAACUAACUAAAGAAGAACUUGAGAAGAUGAUAAGAAAGCUCCAAUACAAAUACAGCUUAUCAAUGGAAGCAUUGAGAAGACUUAGACAAGAACAAGAAGAGUUGAAGAUAGAGCUUAGAGAAGCAUCAAAGCUGAAGAGUAACCGCAAGAACCAUGGACCGCCUCAGUACUUCAUAUGCCCCAUUACACAAGAUGUGAUGGAGGAUCCACAUGUAGCAGCAGAUGGUUUUACAUAUGAAGGAGAAGCCAUAAGCAGUUGGUUUGAGAGAGGACAUGAGACUUCUCCAAUGACUAACAAGAUGCUUCCUCACACGACCUUAGUUCCAAAUCUUGCUCUUCGUUCUGCAAUCCAAGAAUGGCUCCUGAAACAUUAGCAUCUCCACUGACAAACAUAAAGUCCUUAGUGGCGGCUAAUAAAGGAAGCUCACUCAUCUCCAAUGACGAACAUAUUGUAAUAGUUCGUUCAUUGUCCUAACAUAGCCGGUGUUGGUUGGUAUGAGUCCAAGUCUUUUGUAAUAUUCUUUUUCUAUGGUAUUGUUUUGUAAAUCAUGAUUUUUUUUGUUAUUAGUACAAUAAUUUUAU